AUGAAAAUAAGGCAAGAAAUAUUAGAAUUAAUAGAAAAGCUAAUAGAAAAUAUUACUGGGAUUAAGAAUGAAAAUAAAUUGUUUUAUGAACUUCGUGAUAAAAUACUUAAUAUGAUUAAAGAUUCAUCAUUUAUUGCAAUUAAUAGGUUUGAAACUAAACGAUCUUGUUAUGGUUUAGUUGAAAAAUUUGAUAUUCUUUCAGAAGAAUAUAAUAGUUCAAUGCUUGAAAUACUUUUUAAUGAACUUUUUAUGGAUAAAAAAAAUGAUCCAAUGAUUGAUAUAGUUGCAUUAAUUUUAAGUCUUUCUGACAAUCCUUGCAGGAAAAAAAGGAUAUUUUAUGAAGAAUCAGUAGGAAAUCAUAUUUAUGAAGACUGUAUAGAUGAAGUUAAUGAUUCCCCCUUUAUUGGCGAACAUUGGGAAGAGUUUAAUAUAUAUGAUGAUGAGAAGGAGGAAGAGGAGGAAGAGGAGGAAGAGGAAGAUAAAGAUGAUAUUACUUUAAAAUCUUUUAUGCAAAAAAAGGAUACAGUAUAUACUGAAAAUGUUACUAAAGUUCCUUUGUCUAUAUCUAUUACUAUGAAUAUGCAGGAAUUUAAUUUUAUUGAGGCAUCGCAAUAUUGGAGAACUAUUUCGUGUCAAAAUGAUGUUAAACGUAUUGUAUAUAAGCUUAAUUAUAAUUCAGAUGUUUCAACCAUUCUUCAUGAAACAAAUGUUGUUCGUGAGGUUAUUUUUAUGUUACAAGGAAAUGAAAGUAUUCUAUUUUUAGGAAAUAAUGAUAAUAUUAAGAUUAAUGAAAAUUUUGAUAUUUCUCGAGUAUCACAUCCAAUAUUCAUAAGUUUUAUGGAAUGGUUUUUAAAAAAAGGAAAAAUUCUUAAUAAAAUUCGAAAUUUUAUAUCAAAUUCAUGUUUUAAAAGUUAUUUGGAGGAUGUGUUUAUUUCUUCUGUGGAAGAUUUACUUAGAUCUUUGGAUUCUAUUUUAGCCUAUUGUCAAUCAAUUGCUGGAAAUCUAGGGAAGAAAAGAACAUUAACAUUAUUAUAUCUUCAAAAUAUCUUGGAUAAAAUUUUAGAUCCUUAUAUUGUUUUAUCAGAUAUUAUUUCGGAAAUUGAUGAUACAGCGUUUGAAACUAAUAUUUCUGAUUUUUUGAAUAAAUUAUUUGAUAAAGCCAAUUUUUAUUCUAUAUGUGAUCAACAAACAUUUUUAUUAAUAACUAUAAUACGAUCUGCUUUGUUAGAAGCUUAUUUGAAACCAUUAGAUUCAUGGUUUUCUUGUGGAGAAUUGCCCGAUAUUCAAGGAUUUUUUAUUAUUAAAUCUACAUUAAGACCUAAUGAUUUAUUAUGGCUUUCAGAAUACCAGCUUAACCUAGCUAAUGAUGGAAAAUUGCUUAUUCCAGAUGUUUUAAAGAAAAUUUCUCAAAAAUCGUUGCUUAUUGGGAAGUUAAAAAGACUAUUAGUCUCAAUAUUUUCUAAAUCAGGCAUAUUAUUUUCUGAUAUUGAUAGAGAUAUUUUUAAACAAUUGAAUUCUGAUUAUGAGACUCGAUUAAAACUUUUCUCUGCAAAAAUGAAUAAUGUCUUUGAUUCGAAUCUUUUUUAUGAAAAAUCAGAAAUUCUAGGUGAAUCUUCCGAGUAUGAUUAUUUAUUAAAUAUCUUUAAUUGGGUUGACAAAAAUUACUAUACCACUAUGAAAAAUUUUCAUCAUGCAUUAUUUUAUAAUGCAGAUUUUGAAAAGCAUUUAAAUGCUAUUUUCAAUAUUUAUUGCAUGUAUAAUAACAGCAGUAUAAUUAAUUUUAUAAACUUUGUUUUUGAAGAGAUGGAUCGACGAAAAACAUGGUGUGAUAGGUUUAUUUUACAGGAUAUGAUUCAAAUUUCAUUGAAACAUUCUUCUAUUGAUAUGAAUCUUAUCAAUAUAAGAAUGAAGCCAAUUUCGAAAGAUAAUAAUUUAUCUAAUAACUUUUAUAUUGAUUAUAAAUUACCAUUAUCUCUCACUUCAAUUAUUAGUUUAUCAUCUCAGUCUGCAUAUUAUAAAAUUUUUGAUUUUAUGUUUCAAUUACUUAAAAGUAGACAUGAUAUAAAAAAAUAUAUAUUUCUGUUCAGUAAUAAGUUAUCUCUGGAAAAGAGUUCAAUAUUGAUUUAUCGCAACUUAUCUCAAAUAAAAUUAUAUUUUAAUUGGCUAAUAAAUGUACUAAUAAGUUAUUUUUUUGAUAUUGUUAUAAAAACACAAAUAGAGAAUCUAGAGAAAAAUAUAAAAAAUGCAUUAGAUUUAGAUGAGAUAAUUAAUGCUCAUAAUACAUUCAUUAAUUCUGUUUUAACAUAUUGUUUUUUAAAUUUACGUUUCAAACGAAUACAUGAUUCAAUAAUGGAAAUCUUUGUUUAUGUAAAAUCAGUUUCAGAUUUAAUAAUAUCAUUUCAAGAAAAAGAUUCUAAAAAAUCUUUACAUAUGUACUUUAUAUCAGAUGAUGACAUAAGUAAUUUAGAAAUUGAUAACAAAAAUCUGGCUAGCGGAGGAUUAAAAAACGAAGAAAUUCUUUUAAAAAAUCUUAUAGAUAUUCAAAAGAAGACAUAUUCUAUUUUAAAAUUUAUUAUAUCAGAGCUUCAGGAACUUCCUCAAGAAUUAACUAGUACAUAUAUAGAAAUCUUAAUGGAGAAUAUUGAAUAUGCAGUAUUAGAUAUAGAAUCUUAA